GGAACGACAGGUCUCAGGCCCCCAGGCGGGGCGGCAGGCACCGAGUCACCAGGCACAACCGUGGGCUCCGAGUCAACUGGUAUGACCGCAGGCACUGGGUCAGACAUUGGAUCGUCUGGCUGGACAGCGGGCACUGGGUCACCAGGCAUCAGGUCAUUUGGCUCGACAGCGGGCACCGCGUCAUCUGGCAAGGCAGUGGGCUCCGAGUCAACAGGCACGACAGUGAGCACCGGGUCAUUUGGCUCGACAGCGGGCACCGGAUCAGGUACCGGAUCAUCUGGAUCAACAGCGGGCAUCGAGUCAACUGGCCUAAUAGGAUCGUCAGGCUGGAUCAGUUCAUCAUGCUGGGUAGAGGCAUCAGGCUGAAUGCCGGCGUCCGGCUGAGUCGAGGCUUCAGGCCGAGUCGAGGCUUCAGGCCGAGUCGAGGCUUCAGGCCGAGUCGAGGCUUCAGGCCGAGUCGAGGCUUCAGGCCGAGUCGAGGCUUCAGGCCGAGUCGAGGCAUCAGGCCGAGUAGAGGCAUC